AUGGGUCGUUGGGCGCAGUCCGAGUUCGACAGGGUGCUUCUGGAGAAGGUCAAGAUCCUAUUUGAAGCCGCCCGAGAUCCCUUGGUAGAGUCUAGUAAUUUAGACUUGCGGUUCCGGACGUUCGUGAGGACGCUGGACCCGAGGGAUAAGGCUAUACAGGCGUGUUUCAGGACUCUAGUCCAGCAAUCACAUCUGACCAACGCCCGGGCUCGCGCACACCGCCCCAUCUCUGACUAUCUCGCCGAUCUUGGCCAACCAACGGACACUGCUGAACGAUUCGGACCUCCAUCACCUCCUCCACGGGUACAUACGCGUCUUCGCCGACAUGGAUUACCCGACUCAGGUGGUCAGCCACCCUUAGCCUCUUGGUUGCUUGCACGGGACAUGCCUGCCAGCGCUGCCGCGGCCGCGGCUACCGACGUGGAAGCUACCACACGGCGAGUGCUCCCCCUUCCCGCUCGGCGACCUCAGGACGAGCUUGCCCCGCUCUUGGCACGCACACGGCCGACCGGAUCAGCUACCGCGUCGGGUUCGGGAUCCGGCACAAGCCGCGCCCACUCUCCCAGCCGGAUGCGGCGCCUCGGUCUCGAUCCUUCCGCCGCCACAUUCGUUCCUCGCAAUGGUGCACCCCGGCCACCUAGUCCACCAAGCGCAGCCAGCGCUGCGUGGCUGAGCGAGUAUAUUCCGACUGGCCCCACCGGCCCGGAUCUCUCGUUCAGCGACGACGAGGAAGCAGACUACAUGGGCGGCUUCUUCGACAGCGGUAUCGUCCCUCCUCCACGUUUUUCGGAAUACGUCCCGGGGUCCAUACUCGGAGCAGAUCGGAGGCGGCGUCAGCGAGAGGAGGAGUUUGGGGUGGACGGCGAGGAGGAUGAGGCAUACCCGUACGGGGCAGGAGGGAGGCGACAGCGAUUGAGACGGAGUCGAGCGCCUACCCGGGGCGCAGGUGGAGCGGCGGACGAUGAGGUCGAGGCGAUGUUUGGACGGUAUACGGGCGGAGGGGAUUAUGGGGCGGACGACUCGGCGCUGCUGUUUCAGCCGACGACGGACAUGCCUCAGCCGGGACCUGGGACCGAAUCGGGCGCGGAUAUCCCAUAUCCCCAUACGGCAGAGACAUAUGCGGCGCGCCGGCGAAAUCGGAAUCACAGUUCCAACCGGCCAGCAUGGGGCGGGAACAGUCUGACGGAUUAUAUCCUCGGUUUCGCGGACGAAUUUGGCGAGGCGGGCCCGUCGGGCGCAGGCGGGGGAUCCGGACGGGCUGGGGAGGGAGAGGAGGAGGGGGCGGUAGUGGAUGAUGGUGGUGUAGCGGCGGUAGAUCAGUUUAUCGCUCGGACGUUGAGGCGGAGGGAGCGAGCGGACGCGAGUGGGAUUGGAGGGAGGGAUACGAGAAGGGAUGGGAUUGUGCUGGAUCUGGAGGACGAGGAGCUGGAGGGCGGAGAGAGAGGGGUGUGGUCGAAUGAGUGGCAUCCGACGGAAGGUGCGAUGGAGGGGAUGGAUCCACGGCUGUUGGCGGCUUAUGAGGAGGGGUUGUAUGAUUUAGAGUAG